CCUUUCCUUGGUGCGAGUCCGCCGCGCGCGCCUCUCCUGUGCUGUGCUCGGCCCCAACCGCCGCCCGCCUCUGCCGCCGCGCGUGCCCGUGCCAGCCCCCCAUGGAAGAUUCGAUGGACAUGGACAUGAGCCCCUUGAGGCCCCAGAACUACCUUUUCGGUUGUGAACUAAAGGCAGACAAAGAUUACCACUUUAAAGUGGAUAAUGAUGAAAAUGAGCACCAACUGUCUUUGAGAACGGUCAGUUUGGGGGCUGGUGCAAAGGAUGAGUUACACAUUGUUGAAGCAGAAGCUAUGAAUUACGAAGGCAGUCCAAUUAAAGUCACACUGGCAACUUUGAAAAUGUCUGUACAGCCAACGGUUUCACUUGGAGGCUUUGAAAUCACACCCCCAGUGGUUCUGCGGUUGAAGUGUGGUUCCGGGCCUGUGCAUAUCAGUGGGCAGCAUUUGGUGGCUGUAGAGGAAGAUGCAGAGUCAGAAGAUGAAGAGGAGGAUGAUGUGAAACUAUUAAGCAUAUCCGGAAAACGGUCUGCCCCUGGAAGUGGCAGUAAGGUUCCUCAGAAAAAAGUAAAGCUUGCUGCUGAUGAAGAUGAAGAUGAUGAAGACGACGAUGAUGAUGAUGACGAUGAUGAUGAUGAAGAAGAUUUUGAUGACGAGGAAGCUGAAGAAAAAGCUCCAGUAAAGAAAUCUAUAAGAGAUACUCCAGGCAAAAAUUCACAAAAAUCAAACCAGAAUGGAAAAGACUCAAAACCUUCAACACCAAGAUCAAAAAGUCAAGAAUCCUUCAAAAAACAGGAAAAAUCUCCUAAAACGCCAAAAGGACCCAGUUCUGUAGAAGACAUCAAGGCAAAAAUGCAAGCAAGUAUAGAGAAGGGUGGUUCUCUUCCCAAAGUGGAAGCCAAAUUUAUCAAUUACGUGAAAAACUGCUUCCGGAUGACCGACCAGGAGGCUAUUCAAGAUCUCUGGCAGUGGAGGAAGUCUCUUUAAGAAAAUAGUUUAAACAGUUUGUUAAAAAAUUUUCCGUCUUAUUUCAUUUCUGUAACAGUUGAUAUCUGGCUGUCCUUUUUAUAAUGCAGAGUGAGAACUUUUUCCCUGCCGUGUCUGAUAAAUGUUGUCCAGGUUUCAUUGCCAAGAAUGUGUUGUCCAAAAUGCCUGUUUAGUUUUUAAAGAUGGAACUCCACCCUUUUACUUGGUUUUAAGUAUGUAUGGAAUGUUAUGAUAGGACAUAGUAGUAGAGGUGGUCAGACAGAUGGAAAUGGUGGGGAGACAAAAAUAUACAUGUGAAAUAAACUCAGUAUUUUAAUAAAGUA